UUGAGAAUAUCCCUUUCAUAUGCUUUAUUUUAUUCCAUCACAAAAAGCUGCCUUUGCCGCAAUUGUCAUCCGCGUCUUAUUCAGACUCCGAAUGUUCGGUAUAUUUGCCAGACUUGCCAUGAUCCAGUCGAAGUGGGCCAGCAACUACGGAUCAACGGGGACUUCCAUCAUGCAUACCACUUCCGCUGUACAGAGUGCUCCUCGGAACUUGGACCAGAGGCCAGAUCGCGUGAGGGUGAACUGUAUUGCCUGCGCUGUUUCGACAAGAUGGGAAUGCCAAUAUGUUCGGCCUGCAGACGCCCAAUCGAAGGCCGCAUCGUUCGUGCCCUGGGCAAAGCGUGGCAUGUAGAGCAUUUUGUCUGUCACCAAUGUGAGAUUGCCUUUAUGGGCAGCAGAUAUUACGAGUGGCGCGGUCAAGCCUAUUGUCUCCUUCACUACCAAGAGAAGUCCGGAGGCAUUUGCCAUAUCUGUCAGCACCCAGUACUGGGGGCCAUUCUAGCCCGAUUCACCAACAAAACUUAUUGCCAGGAGCAUUUUCGCUGCAGCAUGUGCAACACGCUGUUGGAUGAAAAAUCCAAACUUUACGAGGUGGAUCUUAAGCCAGUGUGCAAAGAGUGUUACGAUCACUUACCGCUUAAAUGGAAGAGGCGCUUGGCAAAGCUUCACCUUGAAGAAGUGAAGAAAUGGCCAGAUUAA